GUGGGGGUGGGGAGCGGGCGCCGGGGUCGUAGUGGCUGGAGCGGCCUGGACGGCCGGGUCGAUGCCUGCGGCUGCUGCAGCCGGGGUUGAGGCACCCGCUGCGGCUCCGUCGCCGGAGAGGGAGGGCUCGCUGCCGUCGAAGGCUUUUGCUUUUGGCACCGAAUGGUCUAGCAGCUUGAAACCUUGGAGGAUACUGAACUGUCACACAAUCAGAUAAUCACUGUAAACUUUAAUUGCAAAGCAAGCCAGAGGCGAAAGCAGCCAGAGGAAUUGCAGGACUUGUCUAAGGCCUACACAGCAAGCCCAAGCCCCAGCUCUGGGGUGGGUUGAUGAUGGUGUAGUUCUCUCAUGCAAAUGAAGGACGGAGUCCAGAUUGGCAAAUUCCAGGCCAGGGAGGAGAAACUCGUCUCUCAGGGCUGAGUGCGAACUGAGGGUCCCGGGAUGCCCCUGCCUGAGCCCAGUGAGCAGGAGGGCGAGAGCAUGAAGGCUGCCCAAGAGCCAUCCCCAGAGCCCAGCAUGGAUGUAGUCCUGGCAGACCCCAGCGAGCCCCAGGAGUUCUCCAAUCUGGUCCUGCUGACAGCAGCAGACCAGGAGGGGAACGAGGUGGGCUCUGAUCCCACAGAAGUACAUUGUAUCAUCUCCUUGGAGAUGGCUGACCCCUCCACCCUGUCCAGCACCCUCCAGAUCCUGCCAGCUGAAGGGCAGGUCCAGGCAGUGCAGCCACACCGGUGGUCCUCGGGGCUGAAGCGCAGUAAGCUGGAGACAGUCUCCCAGCCCCUGGAGUUCCUGAAGACCCCAUUUGGGGGUCGCCUCCUUGUCCUACAGUCUUUCCUUUACAAGCAAGAGAAGGCUGUGGGGGACAAGGUGUACUGGAAGUGCCGCCAGCAUGCUGAGCUGGGCUGCCGGGGCCGGGCCAUCACCCGUGGCACGAAGGCUACAGUGAUGAGGGACCACUGCCACCCACCAGAUGAAAAGGGCCUAGAGGCCCGGCGCCAAAAACAAAAGCUGCCUGACUCCGCCUUGCCAGAGAGCUUGAGGGAUCCCCAGGAUCCUGAGGACCCUGGAGGCCCAGUGGAGGAGCUGCUCAAGGAAGUGAGCCCAUGGCUGUACCCUAAGGAACCAGAGCCUACACCCCAGCAGGUACAGAACAAUCCAGCCCCAGAGCAGAACCAGGUGUCUCAGACCCUGUCCCUGCUGAGCUUGCCGUUCAAGAAACGCCGUACCCGGGGCCUGGGCCUGCCUCCAGGCCUGGAGUUCCUGAGGACAUGCUACGGGGGCAGCUUCCUUGUGCACCAGUCCUUCCUGUACAAGCGGGAGAAGGUUGUGGGUGACAAGGUUUACUGGACAUGCCGGGACCAUGCACUGCAUGGCUGCCGCAGCCGCGCCAUCACCCAGGGGCAGCGCGUGACGGUGAUGCGUAGCCACUGCCACUCACCUGACAUGGAGGGCUUGCAGGCACGGCGGCAGCAGGAGAAAGCCACACCAGCUGGCCCUGGGGGCUACGCAAACAAGUUGUCCCAAGGCAUACACAGUCCAGUCUGUCACCAGGGGCCAGGUGCUCCUACUGUCACCAAGUCCCGGCCCAGAAAAAAAGCAAAGGUCUCUGCCCAGAUCCAAGCCCUACAAGGACCUCCUGAAGAAGACCAGGAUGCAGAUCUCGGUGGUCCCGAGUUCAUACGAACCCCACUGGGGGGCAGCUUCCUGGUGUAUGAGUCCUUCCUGUACAGGCGGGAGAAGGCCGCGGGGGACAAGGUGUACUGGACGUGCCGGGACCAAGCUCGCAUGGGCUGCCGCAGCCGCGCCAUCACCCAGGGCCGGCAGGUGACAGUGAUGCGUGCCCACUGCCACCCACCCGACCUCUUGGGCCUGGAAACCCUCCGGCAACGGGACAAACACCCGAGCCCCACUCAUCGAGAGAGCCUAGGUGGUCCCGAGUUCAUACGAACCCCGCUGGGGGGCAGCUUCCUGGUGUAUGAGUCCUUCCUCUACAGGCGGGAGAAGGCUACCAGUGACAAGGUGUACUGGACAUGCCGGGACCAGGCACGCAUGGGCUGCCGCAGCCGCGCCAUCACCCAGGGCCAGCGUGUGAUGGUCAUGCGCAGGCACUGCCACCCGCCCGACCUGGGGGGCCUGGAGGCCCUGCGGCAGCGGGAGCACCUCCCCAACCUGGCCCAGUGGGAAGGCCCAGAGCCUCAGCAGCCCCUGGAGUUCCUGAGGACAUCCCUUGGUGGCAAAUUCCUGGUGUAUGAGUCCUUCCUCUACCGGAAGGAGAAGGCUGCUGGAGAGAAGGUGUACUGGAUGUGCCGGGAGCAGGCCCGGCUGGGCUGCCGCAGCCGCGCCAUCACCCAGGGCCGGCGUGUGAUGGUCAUGCGCAGCCACUGCCACCAGCCUGACCUGGCUGGCCUGGAGGCCCUACGGCAACGCGAACGGCUCCCCAACCCAGAAAAGAUAAAACUUCUACCUGAAGCUCAACCGAGCACCGAGACUUGUUCUGAAAGCCAGCAGAGUUGUGGGAACAUCGAGGAGACCAGGCCGGAGAGCGAGGCCCAGUGAGAUGUCUCCGUGUGAGCCGCAGAGAGGCAUCAGCUGCUAUCCAGAUGCUUCCCAUCCACGCAGGCAUUUUUCCACCUAUCUAGAGUUGCUUGACAAGUUCUUUCAUUCUUCCCAAGUAUUGAUAGCCAUUUCCUCAGAGGUCUCCCAGUGCUUGGACAGUGUCCCUGUGUCAGCAAAAAUAGCACCCAGAACUGGUGGCACAUGGUGGCAGGGAGAUGCAGCGCAGGGCACAGAAAGCUCUGGAGGGGGCAUCUGGAUGGGGCAGAGAGACCCUGUCCACACUCUGCUACCCAGAGCCACAAGCACCAGAUCACAAAUUUUGCAAGGACUUUGCAGUAGGUAUGGUCCAUGGGCCCUAUGAAAUGCCACCCACUAGGCCAGCUCAGGCAGAGGCUUUUGCUCCUUCCGGUGAGCAUCCUUUCCAGGCCAGCACAGGCCACACAAGGUCUUUUCUGGACUGGUGGGGCUGGCAGUUCCUGGUCUGGCUGCCUGUUGCCCACAGGGUGUGGCCAGCCCCAAGCACAGUGGAGCAGACUCUUGUUGGAUUUGCCAUCCUGUGUGCACAAUUCCCAUAGCAGGUGUCCCUCCCAGCAGUGGCAGCCAGCACUGGGCAGAUACUUGGGCUGCACAGGGCCCCUCUGGUCACCUGCAUUUGCCCACCGCACAAGAGUAGAGAGUAGGCAGUGGUAGAUGCAGCCCUCCUUCCGCCUGGGAGCUUAGCAGAGAACCUGCCAAGGUCCCCUGGCUGAGCUGACCUCCAAGGGGCACAGAGACACCUGCCAGGGACUGCAGAGCCUCCUGCAUGCCAACCAGGCUGCGCCCCCAGACAGCAGGUCCCUGUCCUCACCCUGUAAUAAUGGAGGGAGCAUGCAGUGUGGUGGCAGGGUCUCCUCUUCUAGCAACCUGGCUACAGAACUGUCAUCCCUGUUGAAUAGAGAUAACUUAUGCCCCUGGCCUACAGCUUAUCUGCUUCCUCCAAUAAAUCCUAUUUUCCAUCUCA